AUGUUCAUUCUCGCGUUCAUCAGUGCCGCGCUGCUCGUUCCCGCUCUCGCCGGUGCUAUCUUGCAGUCUGUGCAGAUGGUGAAGAAGCGUGAUGCUGCCUACUACAACCCGACUGAUGGCGGUGGUUCCAUGCUCGAUAACGCGCAGGAUGGUUACGGGGAGCCUCUCAACGUCAUUGUCUCGGCCCUGAGUUCGCCAGAUGUCCUGACGUAUGAUGGUGCCAUCAAUUUCGCCCGCGCUAUUGGAUUCUCAGAGGAAUGUUUCGACAUUCAUCUCGGGACACCAUUCACCGCGAACCUCGGCGACGGCAAUGGCUGGCUAAACCAGACCAUUGAGCUUCGCCAGGACUAUGGCAGCGCGAGCAUCGGCACUUGUCUCGAGAGUCUCAUCGGCGGCAACCACUUCAGGCUUUGGACGCAGAACGGGCCUGAUGCUAAUAGCGGCGCCCUCUUCCUUGCAGUCUCCAAGGAAGAGCCUGUUACGGAGAACCACGAUAUCAUCCCCGAUGGCUAUGAUAUCGGACGUAAUAACCUAGUCGAUUCGGCAGUCGGGACCACCAGUUACGGCGACGUCACGUACAGCACGACCGCGCAGAACGUCACUGGUCUCAUGCCCGAAGGAAGCGAGGGCAUCAACCAUGACAUCGCUGUUGAUGGCAUCGUCACUGUCCUGACUGUUACCAUUGUUUGA